AAAUUAAAAGCUAUUACUAAUUCUGAUAAUGAUUCUAUUUCUAAUUUUAGAUCUUUUAAAGAAAUAACUAGCAUAGAUGAAUCGCAAUUUUUGUUAAAGCCUAAAAGAGCUGAAAACUUAUUCGAUAGAGAUCAAAUUAAAAAUCAAAAAAAAUUAAUGAAGAUAUAA